CAAGGAAAAUGCAGGGACCAAUAGAAUUCCAGAUCACCGCCUGACAACAAAAGUAAACAGACUUAUUUUGAUGUGUCGAGAAUCAGGGGGCUCCGCUUCUUCUACUGUAAAAUGAUUUAGUAUCAUCAUUACCGAGCCCAAAUAGCGGAACUUAAACAUUCUGGAAGGUAAUAGGGACAGAGUAUUCACAUCAUUCAAAUGUACAAAACGUCUUACUCGGUUUCUGUCUUUUUUGGUCUUUUCGUAGUAGGCUAAAUCAACUAGCAUGCUAGCCAACUGUGAUCUCGGCUAACAGAAGACGACCAAAACACUCGGAUAACAAGUGCAGUUGUUGACGGUAAGGCGUUAGAAAACCCAACCUUAAAAAGACAUUCUUCACAUUCGUGGGCUGUCUUAAAUAAGUCUUCGGCUCUUGUCCUCGGUCGCUAGCUGCUUUGCUUAAAUCUCUUCCUGUUUAUCGGUUCCGCUCUGAUUUAACCCACGUUAAAAAGGGAUCAGCUCUGAGUCAUGUUGGCACCGGGCAGAUGAGGGCGAUGAAACCCGAAGGUCAGCGUGUUGUCAUGGCUGAGGGCGAAGCAGAGAGUGCGGUCGGAGGACGGGCUGGCUCGCUGGAGCGUCCUGGCCGACAGACCUUCCGGAGUUCAUCCCACUUUCGCAGCCUGCAAGACGGCCUGCUGUCGCUCAGACAGACGGGGAUCCUGUUCGAUGUGGUCCUGGUGGUGGAGGGUCGACCCAUCCAAGCCCACCGCAUCCUCCUGGCAGCCGCCUGUGAUUAUUUCAGGGGGAUGUUUGCCGGAGGCCUCCGUGAGACGCAGCAGAAAGAGAUUCUUAUUCACGGAGUAUCUUACAAGGCCAUAAAGAAACUACUCGACUACAUCUAUACUGCAGAGAUUGAAUUAGACCUGGAUUGUGUCCAGGAAGUCCUGAUAGCUGCCACUCUGGUGCAGCUUGAUAGUGUCAUUGGCUUCUGCUGUGACUUCCUUUACUCCUGGCUGGAUGACAGCAGCAUCUUAGAGGUGCUCCAGCUUGUGGAUCUCUUUGAGCUGCAACAGCUGAAAGACAGAGUCCGCUCCUACAUCCUCAACAACAUUCAGACUUUGUCUCGGACGGACGUGUACCGAAAGCUCCCCGAGGAGGAGGUCUUUAGAGCUUUGAGCAGCGAUGAGCUUCAGGUGACCAGCGAGAACGAGGUGUACGAGGCCGCUCUUUAUUUUCACUUUAGUCCUGAGGAGGUGGAAGCUGAUCAGGUGUACCUGCAGGUCAGUCUGAAGGACAACCUGAAGAUGCUUGAAGCUGUGCGGUUCUGCCUCAUGGAGAGGCGGGUGUUGCAGAGACUGCACAGCAGACUGGACCAGUGUCCUUUGAAGCAUUCGGUCUCAGCUGCUCUCCGGUACCACGAGCAGGAAUUGUGGCAGCCCGUCCUGCAGAGUCCUCUCACGCAGCCCCGCUCCACCUUCUACUGUAUUCUGGGUUUUGGGGGAAUGUUUAGCUCUUCCUCCCUCACAGACAAGAAAAACCUGUUUCAGGUCUUCCACCCGAGCUGGGGGGAGUGGAGGACUCUGCCUUCAGCUCACUCACCCCGAAUGUCUAACCAGGGGGUUGCUGUCCUGAACAAUUUUGUUUAUCUCAUUGGAGGAGAUAAGAACACCAGUGGAUUUCGUGCAGAAAACUGCUGCUGGAGAUAUGACCCACGUCACAACAGCUGGACCUCCAUUCAGCCUCUGCAGCAGCAGCACGCUGACCACUGUGUUUGCGUGUUGGGGGGUCACAUCUACGCCAUCGGGGGGCGUGACUACAGCAACGAGCUGGACUCAGUGGAGCGCUAUGACCCCAGCGCAAACACGUGGCAGUUCGUCUCACCUCUGAAGAGAGAGGUUUAUGCCCAUGCAGGAGCAGUGGUGGAUGGGAAGAUAUACAUCACAUGUGGGCGUCGAGGAAUGGCGUACCUCAGAGAGACGUACUGCUUCGACCCUGCUGCCAAUCACUGGGCGGCGUGUGCAGAGGGACCGGUGGAGCGGGCGUGGCACGGCAUGGCUGCUGUCAAUGGGCGCAUAUAUGUUAUCGGGGGUAGUAACCAUGAGCGUGGAUAUCGCCGUGAUGUCAACAAAGUGGCGUGCUUUGAUCCUGCAGCCAACUCAUGGACGUUAGUUGCCCCCCUCCCCUCCGGACACGGAGAGCCAGGCAUCGCCGUGCUCGACCACCGCAUCUACGUCCUAGGAGGGCGCUCACACGACAAAGGCAGGAGGAUGAAAUACAUGCACGUGUACAACACCGAUGCUGAUGAGUGGGACAGUGAGACUGAGUUCAAAGAGCGCGUCUCUGGCCUGGCCGCCUGCGUGGCGCUCAUGCCCCCCGCUGUCAUCGCACAGGCCAGCAGCUCGGAGCAGCGCUUCAAGGGAUCAUGGGAAGUCGUGGACAUGUACACAUCAGAGGACUCCAGUGAGGACUGAAGGAUCUACACUGAACUGAAUUAGACUGUCUUGCACUUAAAUUUUCUGCACAUUGAUAUUGUUUCUGGAUGUGCAAAUGAAUUUAUGGCCUUAUUUGCUCUCCUUUAGCUUUACUGUAGGAUUCUUUGUUUUUUAUGCUAAAUGUUGGUCCCUGCUUUAUAUGCAAAAAGUGCCUGUUUGUGCUCAGAUGAUUACAGAUUAAAUCUUCCUCUUAACUGAUUAAA